UAUUCAUUCAUAAGUCGUGUGUAAGGUUUGUUGUCAUUGUUCCUAUAAUGAAGAAGUAUUAUCAAAUCAUUUUAGUUUGGCUGACGGCUCUAAGUCUUAAUGUAGAAGCAGGUUCUAUAUUUGACGUGGGUCCCUACAAAGUCGACCAGAAACAGAUAGGAAUAGACUAUUGUCCAAUCAGCAGUAAAAGAUGCAUGUCUGGCAAACACCAUAGACGCCGUAUUGCUGGCACUUCUGACUGGCUUUGGAAUGGAACAUUAUCAGUCAUUGAUGUCUAUAUCAAGAAUACAACAACAACAGGCAUUUAUGAUGCAAAAGACUUCUUUCUACAACCUCAAAAGCAUUUCCAGCUAGCUGGAGUUCCAGUUCUACCCUAUGGAUCUUACAAAAUUGAAUUCCGCAUCAACAAUGAUAUCAGAAUCAACUGUUUUUGUGGUGUAUUGUUCAUUGAUUUGGUUCCUGAUAUAGAUGCCAUACGCAAUAGAACCAUACAACAUAACCAAUUUCUCAAUAAAUUCAACAUAUCCUUUUUGAACAUUUAG